AUGCGCUCCUCAGGAUUGAGUCUGCUGCUGUUGGCAGCACUGUUGGCGUCUGCCCUGGCAGCCGUCUCCUACAGGGGACACAAAGUCUACCGUCUGGUGCCGACGGAGGAGCAGCUGCAGACGCUGUCUCAGCUGCGGGAGCACCCGGCGCUCGACUUCUGGUCGCGAGCUCACCGUGCCGGCCACCCCGUGGACGUGAGGGUGCCGCCCCACGUGCACGACCACUUCCGAGCAUUCCUCGAUCGCCAAGGAGUGCUGCACAACGUCCUCAUUGAUGACCUCGAACAGAUCUUCGAAAAGGAGCGAAAUCUGACGCUAGUGAGAUCCAUCCCCAAAAGCCCCGAGGAGCGCAUAUCAUUCACCGAAUACCAACGCUACGAUGAUAUCCGGCAGUACCUGUCGCAGCUGGCAUCAAGCUAUCCCAGUACAGUGACAGUGCAGACUAUCGGACAGACGUACGAGGGUCGCCCUCUGGAUAUCAUCCAGAUAUCCUCUGGAGGCGGCGGCUCCAGGCCGGUCAUCCUGAUCGACGCCGGCAUCCACGCCAGGGAGUGGAUCGCGCCAGCUGCCGCCCUCUACGUCAUCAACCAGCUGGUCGAGAACGCAGCCGAGAGCGCGCUCACAGACAGCGUCGACUGGCACAUCAUCCCCGUGCUCAACCCUGAUGGUUACGAGUACACUUUCACAAACGAGCGUUUGUGGAGGAAGACCCGAUCAACAACAACAUCUCCUGAUUGCCCGGGAGUGGACGGCAACAGAAACUUUGACUUCCACUGGAAUGAGGCCGGCGCCGACAGCUAUCCCUGCUCUGAUGUUUACGCUGGUCCUCAGGCGUUCUCGGAGUCUGAGACGCAAGCUCUCAGAGACUACAUCCUGGCCAACGCCGACCGCAUCAAGCUUUACCUAACGUUCCAUAGCUACGGACCCUACAUACUCUACCCGUGGGGUUACACUAGCGAACUGCCUGACGACUGGGAAACUUUGGACGCCUUGGCACAACAAGCGAACGCCGCCCAGGAAGCAGCCGGCGGUCCCAGCUACACCAUUGGCAGCUCUACAAACGUCUUGUACGCAGCAGCCGGCGGCAGUGAUGACUGGACCAAAGGCGUUGGCGGAGUAGCCCUCUCCUACACCAUCGAACUUCCCUAUGGCGGCUCGUACGGUUUCGAUCCUCCAGCGUCAGACAUCCUCAAAUUGGUGACGCCAUUCUUUGAAGCAGUACGCGUCUAUGGGGAAUACAUUGCUGAUAACUAUGGAUAAAA